GCAGUGCUGCGCUGCGCUGCGCUGCGCCGCGCCGCGCCCCGUGGCUGCGCUCCCCGCUCCGCGCCCCCCGCCCGCCGCCCCGGGGCAGGAGGCGCGCCUGGCGGCCGGCGGGCCAGACAAAGGAGGCGCGGCGCGGCAGAGCCAGCGCGCGGGCCGACGACCAUGGACUCGGAGCGCGGGCGGCCCGCCCCAGCCCUGAGGACCCGGCGCUCGCGGGCCCGGCCCUAGGCGCCCGUCCCCGCCGCCCGGGGCGCCCAGCGGGGAGGACGCGGAGCCCUCGCGGCGCGGAGGAGGCGGCGGCCGCCGAGCUAGAGGGGCGCGGCGGCGGACGGCCCGUGCGGCCCGGGAGCCAUGGGCAAGUGCAGCGGGCGCUGCACGCUGGUCGCCUUCUGCUGCCUGCAGCUGGUGGCUGCGCUGGAGCGGCAGAUCUUUGACUUCCUGGGCUACCAGUGGGCUCCUAUCCUCGCCAACUUCCUGCACAUCAUGGCGGUCAUCCUGGGCAUCUUUGGCACCGUGCAGUACCGCUCCCGGUACCUCAUUCUGUACGCAGCCUGGCUGGUGCUCUGGGUUGGCUGGAAUGCGUUUAUCAUCUGCUUCUACCUGGAGGUUGGACAGCUGUCCCAGGACCGGGACUUCAUCAUGACCUUCAACACGUCCCUGCACCGCUCUUGGUGGAUGGAGAAUGGGCCAGGCUGCCUGGUGACACCUGUCCUGAACUCCCGCCUGGCCCUGGAGGACCACCAUGUCAUCUCUGUCACCGGCUGCCUGCUUGACUAUCCCUACAUUGAAGCACUCAGCAGCGCCCUGCAGAUCUUCCUGGCUCUGUUCGGCUUCGUGUUCGCCUGCUACGUGAGCAAAGUGUUCCUGGAGGAGGAGGACAGCUUUGACUUCAUCGGCGGCUUUGACUCCUACGGAUACCAGGCGCCCCAGAAGACGUCGCAUUUACAACUGCAGCCUCUGUACACGUCAGGGUAGCUUCUGCUCCACUCCCAGCCACGCACGGCGCUUCCGGGCUAGACUGACAGCCGCUGCCGCGAGCUCGGG